AUGGGGCGUCGCGAUUACAAUGACGCUGGAUUUGAUGUCGAUUUGUUUGAUGAUAAACCAACUCGUCGAAAAAAACCCGGCACCACACUAGCUCCCAUUUCCCGUGAUGAAGCGUUAAAGAUUAGUCAAGGCCUUGGUUUCAUGGAACCCCCACGAAAUCCUCCCCUUCAACCCAGUUCUGUAGACAACGAUUACAAUUGGGAGAACAUCAUUGAUACACCUCAUAUCAAUGAUGACAUCAGGCCCGAUUCCUCGGGAGAUCAAUAUGCUACUCAUCAAAAAUCGCUUCGACGUGCCGAAGCCCAAGCCAGGCUCCAAAGCAAGUGGAAGGCUGUUGAAACAAAACUCACCGCAACUUACCUCCACCUUCAACAACAUACACGCAAUUGGACCAAAGCAGACUCGUAUCUAGGCAGUCGCACAAAACGCCGACUCACGUUCUGUGAAUGUGUACCUGACGUUAUCCGCCUGCUUCAUCUGGGUUACAUAGCCGGCUCUCCUCAGCACCCUCGCACUGCCUUCACGGUCCGGCUUGUUCAAUUUCAACAUCAUCUGUGGAAUUACACAGUAAUAUCAACCUCGGGAUUCAUUGAUGCACUGAUGGCAUUUCUGGACAAUCAAUGCCAUUCAAGAUUGUCACCUCAACAGCUCAAGGGCAAAUACAAGAAGAAUUUGAAUUGUAGCCUUAGACGUCCUUUCACUCAGACAAUAGAUAUAUAUCGUCAAAUCCUAUAUCAUCAACAAAAGUUAUAUGAAGAAGGACUUCAAUUAAGUGCACUUGAUAUUUCUGCUGCUCGAUGUGCUCAAUGCUUUGGUCCAGCAGAGGCCGAACCAACGACAUCAAGGGUUAAUGAAGGAUGCGGACUUUGGCUUCAAAAAAGAUAUCGAAACGCUGUCGACGUUCUGAUGCAAGCUCAAUCCGCACUCACCACACUCUUUGGGAUGGCUAACCCGAACCAACCUGGUGAAACUUACACGGCUGCUUUUUUCCGUGGGCAGUGGACUUUGGAGAGGGAAGCAUACGAAAGUAAACUAGUAGUCAUGCAGCAGCAAAAGCUGGAGCUUGGUCGACUAUUAUCCUUACAAGAUGAGCUGAUCGCUGAAUGGUCAAAGCCAGUACUUACAGCGGAACAGACCAUUAUCCGGCUUCGAACAACAGCUGAACUCGAAGAGAAAAUUGCCAAGCAGGUCAAAAAAGUUGGCACAGCAGAUGUACCAGUAUGCGAUAAGGAGAAAGAAGCCUUCUUGAAGCUGUGGUACAGCAAGCAUGAAGUUGGACUCAAGUAUGUCGCCAUAUGUGAGGAAAAGCGACCACUUCAACAGAGUCGCUCAGAUGGACAUUCAUCAAACUUAGGUCAUAAGGGCCAGACAAAUCUCCUGUUGGCAGUUCGGAGGCAUGCAACCAAGCUUAAAAAAUUGGUUGAUACAUAUCGCACUCGUCGGGCACAGUAUCACGCCGAAUAUCCAGAUCGCAUGGGAUGCAACAGAUUGCAUAUGCUGACCGAGCAGAAGAAGAGUUCCGGCGUCUCGGCUGGGAAGUUCGCCGAGCUAUGCGAUGGGCAACAACUACUCACACUCGUGUAUACAACGCGCUCCUUUCUCUAG